AUGCGUCCUGUUGUGCGAUUGUGCCCGAUCGAAUGUGGCCUGCGGCGGUACUCGGCCGCGGCGCCUAAACUGCGAAUCAACGCGGACCGUCUGCACGAAACCCUGCACCACACCUGCCAAUGGGGCUCGGCGAACCGCUAUGGCGAGGGCCCAACACAGACGGGCAUGAACCGUCUCGCGCUGACAGAUGAUGACAAGGCGGUCCGGGAGUGGUUCCGCCGCGCCAUGGAGGAUCUGCGCGCCAAAGUCACCGUCGACCAGCUCGGCAACAUGUUUGCGCAGAAAAGGGGCAAGGCCAAGUCGUCGGCGCCAAUGAUUGCCAUGGGGAGCCACCUAGACACACAGCCGCGCGGAGGCCGGUAUGAUGGAAUCUUAGGCGUGGUGGCGGCAGUGGAGGUGAUGCGGACGCUUCAGGAAAACAACUACGAGACGCACUUUGAUAUCGGUGCCGUAAACUGGACAAAUGAGGAAGGCGCGCGAUUUCCCAUCUCCAUGAUGGCGUCUGGUGUCUGGGCGGGCAAGAUACCGCUCGACACAGCCUGGAAUACGCGCGACGUCUUUGACGACAACAAGACGGUCAAGUCAGAGCUUGCACGGCACGGCCUUAUUGGCUCCGUGGCUUGCUCUCACGAGGUAUACCCCCUCGGUGCGCAUUUUGAACUUCACAUUGAGCAGAGCCCUAUCUUGCAAGACACUGGUAGGAAAAUCGGCGUCGUGCAAGGCUCGCAGGCGUAUCAAUGGUUCACCAUUCACGUCACGGGGCGGGACUCGCACACGGGGACUACGCCGUUGUACAUGAGAAGCGACCCGUUGCUCGCAGCGGCCAAGAUGAUAUCCCGCGCGCACGAAAUUGCCAAGAGCCACGGGGCGUUGGCGUCGACGGGUAUCUUCAAAAUACCAGCGACGUCGUCGACCAACACCAUUGCCGCGAAUGUCUCAUUUUCUAUGGAUGUGCGGCAUCCAGAGAAUUCCGUUGUUGCAACUGUCGUGGAGGAAAUUAACAAGUCUUUUGCCAAGAUUGCCAAGGAAGACGGCAAGGGCGUGAGCUACACGACGAAGCUGGACACGUAUUCACCUGCGGUCAAGUUCGACAAGGACUGUAUCCGGGCGGUCGAGAACGCGGCGAGCAAGGCUGUUGGAAAAGACGGCUGGAGCCAUCUGACGAGUGGCGCCGGCCACGAUAGCGUACACACGAGCAAGAUAUGCCCGACAACGAUGAUUUUCGUACCAUGCAAGGAUGGCGUGAGUCACCAUCCAGAAGAGUAUACCUCACCACAAGACUGUGCUCUCGGCACGCAGACCCUGUUGGAUGCCGUGGUAGAAUACGACCAGUUCAAGGCGAAUCAGUUUUUGGCCUAG